ACUCCACAAACUCUGAAGUCAACAGAGGAUGGCCCCCUAUGGUCACCCAGAAGCCUCUGCUGUCCCCUGCCAGCUACUCUCCACGCUCCUGCCUGCCUGUGGAAUUCUCCCUCCAGUGAGGCAGGGUGAAGGUGGAGCCCACGGCUGUGAUGUCACAGAGCUCAUGACAUCAGAAGUCCUGCGGAAGGGAAAGGGAGAAGAGGGUUCUGGGAAGAGGUAAGGGCAGGGACAACGGACCAGGGAGGGCAGAGGGGGAGCCUUCUGGGCACUGGGGACCAGGGAAAGCCAACAGCAGCAAAUGGGCAGGCCCAUGACUUCCCUGGGCUCCCAGCUCUGCAGGACAGUGUUCCUGGCAACCAUUCUGCUGCUGCUGCAGUGGGUGAAGGGGGUGAAGCCUCAGAAAGGGAGCCUGGGCCCUUAUGAGAGGAGUCAGAAGGAGAAAACACCCUCGACAGACCCAGAGCAAGAGCAGUUCGAAGAGCACUUUGUGGCCUCUUCCGUGGGUGAGAUGUGGCAGAUGGUGGACAUGGCCCAGCAAGAGGACAAGAGAUCAGAGACAGCAGCCAUCCGUGACCACCUGUUUGACCUCGCCUUCUGCUUGAACCUGGCCAGCAUCAUGGUUUUUUUAUGAGGGAUGUUGAGGCAGAGGCGGUGGGCUGGUUCCUGGUGGAGGAGCUGGACAUCUACCUCCGCUUCAUGA